CAGCGCCUCGUGGGUCGGUCCUUUAUUUAUAUAGUAAUUUGUAUUGGCCCUGUAAGAGAUGGGAAGGUUCGUUGUGUUCAGCUGACGGCAUGCGAAUCAAGAUGCGUUACCCUGACCCAACAACCUGCCCCCUUCCAAACAAGCCGCGCUGCCCUUUUUAUUUACAGCACUUUUUUACUCUCUGCCGUGGCUUGGCGCCUCUGGACCUGGAAAAAAACUGCAGCUUAAAUUACCCUCUCUUUUAACAAAUAUGUAUGUGUUGUGAGGGGUGGAAUUUAUCUUAAAACGAGGCUAGGAAUGUGGAAAUCGCGACGGGUGUUCUUGGGCCCGCCUGGUCCCCGAUACCGGGGGAAACCUGGGGAAGGGGCGCCACUUCAGCCCCUGAGGGGAGGAACUACGACUCCCGGCAGCCUUUGCGCUAGGCCCCGCCCCUCCAGCUGGCCGGCCCCGGACCGUCAGCUGCAGCUGCUUCGCGCUGGCGGGCAGCGCGCGGGAAGGAGGCGGCUGCGGCUGCGGCGCUGCUCCACUUCCACUUCCUCCUCGUGGAGGGGGGCCAUGAGCUCAGACACCAAGAGGCUGCUGGGAGGCCGGCGACUCGGCUACUGCACCCUCAACCAGAGCCCCCCUAAUACCUGCAUGGAAGUCACAGGCUACCAAAGCAAAACAUGGAAGAUCAUCCUCUGCCACUUUUUCUCUCUGCUGACGUUGGGAAUCCCACUGAUAGUUUUCCACUGGAAGCCACACUUCAAAGUCCGGGCCAAAUGCAGCCGCUGCCCUCUCCACCAAGCUGACUGGGUGGUCAUCCGUGACCAAUUUGGCCAGUAUUUCACAGCCUGUGUCCGAACAGAGCAGAUGGUAGAAGGCAGCCUUGAGUACAGAAGAGACGGUGGAGGAGACAGCAUCGCUGUGGGCGUGUUUGAGGAUGAAGAUGAAAGUCGAGACACGAUUGGGCUCCAUCGGAAGGAGGAGAAGAACGUCCUUCGCUACUACCAGUUUGAAGGUUUGCGCUAUGUCUGGAUUGAGAAGUGGGGUGCCUUCUGCAAGGCCAGUGUGUUGGAUGAAGGCUGGACCUUCUCAGAUAUCCACCUCUCCCUCUGUGGACUAAGCGCUGAAGAGCAAGCUGUCAGGAGAAAGAUUUACGGGCGGAACCUGAUUGAUGUACCUGUAAAUUCUUACUUCAGACUGCUGAGAGAUGAGGUCUUGAACCCGUUUUACAUCUUCCAGAUUUUCAGCAUCGUCUUGUGGAGCUUCGACGAGUACUAUUAUUAUGCUGCCUGCAUCUUCCUCAUUUCUGCGGUCUCCAUCGGGAUCUCUCUCUACGAGACGAGGAAGCAAAGCAUCACCCUGCAGAAGAUGGUGAAGAUGGCAGUCAACCUGCAAAUCCGCAGAGCCUCCGGAGAGAUAGUGACAGUGAGCUCCAUGGACCUGGUGCCAGGCGACUGCAUUGUCGUGCCCGUGGAUGGACUUCAGGUCCCGUGCGAUGCCGCCUUGCUGACGGGCGAGUGCCUGGUGAACGAGAGCAUGUUGACCGGCGAGAGCAUCCCAGUGAUGAAGACCUCUUUGCCCGAAGGCCCCCAAGCAACCAGCACCGUCUAUUCCCCUGAGGAACACAAGCGCCACACGCUGUUCUGCGGAACGCAGGUCAUCCAGGCAAGACCCUACGUGGGCCCUGAGGUUCUGGCAGUGGUCACUCGCACAGGCUUCUACACUGCCAAAGGAGACCUCAUCAGCUCCAUCCUCCAUCCCAAGCCACUCAGCUUUCGGUUUUAUAAAGACGCAUGGAAGUUUGUUGGUUUUCUCACAGUCCUGGCGGCUAUCGGUACUGGCUACAGCAUCUACAUCUUGUAUCGAAACAAGGAGACACUCCGGCAGAUCAUUCUGCGUGCCCUGGAUGUCGUGACGGUGAUUGUGCCCCCGGCCUUGCCAGCUGCCAUGACGGUGGGCACCAUUUAUGCCCAGAACAGGCUGAAGCAGCAAGGGAUCUUCUGCAUCAGCCCCCCACGGAUCAACCUCUGUGGGAAGGUGCGCCUGGUCUGCUUUGAUAAGACAGGGACCCUCACGGAGGACGGCCUGGACAUUUGGGGCGUGGUUCCCCUGGAGAAGGGCUCUUUCUUGCCCCUCGUCCAUGAGCUGCGCUGCUUGGACAGCGGUCCGCUGCUCUGCUGCUUGGCCACUUGCCACACCCUCUCUUGGCUUGGGGAGCAGCUCAUUGGAGACCCUGUGGACCUCAAGCUGCUGGAAUCCACUGGAUGGAUCCAGGAGGAAACUGAAGGGGACGCGGCAGAGGCGCAAGCAACCCAGCUUUUUGGGACCAGAGCCCUGGCGGUGAUGAGGCCUCCACCAGUGGGAGAGCAGCUUCAUGGCAAGGAACACCUGGCGCCCGUGGCUAUUCUCCGCCGCUUCCCGUUUUCCUCAGCCCUGCAGCGAAUGAGUGUUCUGGUGAAGCCCACCGGCGGGGGGCCUUCACAGGCGUACAUGAAGGGGUCUCCAGAGAUGGUGGCCAGCCUCUGCGAUAAGGAAUCGGUCCCUGCGGAUUUCACCCAGACUUUGCGCCAUUUCACCAGCGACGGGUUCCGGGUCCUUGGGCUGGCUUUCAAGCCCCUCGCUGCCAUUGGGACAUUCGAAGAGGCCCAGGACAUGACAAGGGACGAUGUGGAGAGCGGGAUGGUCUUCCUGGGGUUCCUGGUGAUGAAGAACGUUCUUAAGCCCCAGACUGCUCCAGUGAUCCACUUAUUGCACAACGCAGACAUCCGAACCGUGAUGGUCACAGGAGACAACAUGCUGACUGCUGUGAAUGUGGCCAGGAGCUGCCGGAUGGUGAAUGCCAAGGAGCGGGUUCUCUUCGUCCACGCCGCCCCUCCUCGUGGCCGGGAUGAGCCGGCUGCCCUCAGAUUUGUCCCUUACGAGCAUCACCUGGAGCAGCCCGAUGGUUCGUACCAACGGGAGAGCUACUUCCUGGAGCAGCAGCACCCGUACCACUUGGCCGUCAAUGGGCAAUCCUUCGCGGUGCUUUGCGAUCACUUUCCGGACCUCCUGCCGAAGAUACUGGUCCGGGCCACCAUUUUUGCCCGGAUGUCGCCCGACCAGAAAACUCUCCUGGUCCAGAACUUGCGAGACCUGAACUACUGCGUGGGGAUGUGUGGGGAUGGUGCCAAUGACUGUGGAGCUCUGAAGGCGGCCGAUGUGGGCAUCUCACUCUCCGAAGCGGAAGCCUCUGUGGCGUCGCCAUUCACUUCCAAGAUAGCCAACAUCGAGUGUGUCCCCAUCGCCAUCCGGGAAGGGAGAUGUUCUCUGGUCACCUCCUUUGCGGUCUUCAAAUACAUGGCACUCUACAGCCUUGUGCAGUUUGUCUCUGUUCUCCUGCUCUACACGAUCAACACCAAUCUGAGUGAUCUGCAGUUUUUGUUCUUUGACCUGAUCAUCACCACCACGGUGGCUGCUCUGAUGGGCAGGACGGCGCCGGCGAAUGACCUGGGCCCCAAGCGCCCACAAGGAGCCCUCAUCAACAUCAUCGUCCUGAGCAGCCUCGCCUUCCAGACCAGCCUCUUCAUCGCCAUCCAGGUCACCAGCUACUACAUCACUGUCUCUCAGCUGUGGUACGUCCCCUUGAACAGUACGGUGGCAGCCCCUCAGAACCUCCCGAAUUACGAAAACACCGUCGUCUUCUGCAUUUCCGGGUUCCAGUACCUCAUCCUGGCAGUAGCCAUGUCCAAAGGGCAGCCCUUCCGCAAGCCCCUCUACACGAACAACCUGCCUGGACUACGGGCUUCUCAACGGCCUCCGGAACCUGUGUGGGAAAAAGUCGUCGAAGAAGCUCUUCAAAAGGCUGGAGAAGGAGCUGAGCCAGCAGCAGCCCUUGUGGCCUCCGCUCCACGAACCCAUCUUUGCCACCCAAAUCACCCCUGUCAUGAGGUGACGCUGGGCGCAGACACACAUGCCUGUGUGGACAUGAAAGACGGAGGCGUCUCUUCGGCGCCUUCCCUUGGUACGGGACCAUUUUAUUUAUUUCCACUGGUCGCUACACUGUCCUUCAUUCUGCUGCUGCCCGCUUGGCAAAAGACCCCGGAAACGACACUCCACCCUCCUCCUCCAUUUAAAGUCCUUCUGUUACCUGCUGCCCCACUUGCCAAGGUGGAAGCAUUCUGGGCUUUGUUUUUGAGCCUGGCUGGCAACUGGAUUCCGGCUGAGGUUCCUUGCAGCUCUGGAAGAAUUCCAAAGAGGAGGCCUUUUGUGGGGGCACGAACCAGGCGACCCCAUGCAGGCGACCCCAGCCCAGGCCAGCCCUCCUGCAUCAGCCAGGUGGGCAGACAGCUCAGCAUGGCUCUGCUUUGCCCCAGUAGAGGUGGGGUCACUCAGCGGCGUUGGUGGUGAGGGCUGGGUUAGCCUGGCACACUUGUCCCCCCUGCCCAUCCGGUGCACAAACACAGACCGCCCCGGGUGCCAGAAACCAAACGCUAUGCCACUGCUCCAUCUUGAAGCACUGAGACCCCCACUAGUGCCCUGGAGCGUCUUCCUGUGGAGGGGGUGGGUGGGGUGUUAGGAAUCAGGCAGCUCUUUCCCUCUAUGAUUGGCCUAGAUGUGCUGGUCCCAAUUCCUCUGUUGAAAGGAGAGCAAUGGCGCUGCCUGUACUUGCCCAAGUGACCGUAUUUCCUGUGGACAGAGUUGCAAGGAGAAUGGAGCCCCCUGUGAUUUGGACGCUGUCAUGUGUCCCUCCUCCAUGCCAGAAUUACUGGAAAUUAUAGCAAUCUGCACCAGCCUCAAAAUGAGAAAGCUCAUCAGGGCUGUGUGUGUGUGUGUGUGUGUGUGUGUGUGUGUUUAUGUGUGUGGUUUGCAAUAGGGCUAUCUCCCCCAUCCUUACCCCAAGAUCACCCACUCCACAAGAAAAAUGAAAAAGGUUACUUGAAAGGAUGGAUGUGCUGAGAGUGAGAGAACCCAGUUCUGUAUGGUUAUGAACGAGUCUCACAAUAAACAGAUGAUAUUUUCUGGGCAA